ACUCUAAAGUUUGCCUCCGGGCUUUUCCGAACCUUAGCGUUAUGAAUAUCAUAGCAAACCCCCCUUCUCGCACCUUUCUUGAAGCUGCUCGAAGAAGUGAGAGGGAGGAGCUCAGCGAGUAGAUCGGCGAAGAGAUGAGGGCCGAGUGGUUAUUGCUCGGGACUUUGAAUCCGUCGACCUAGGUUCGACUCCUAGUAGGACCUUUUUCUUCUAAUUUGGAAUAUUAUUCUUCUUCAAGAAAAGGUUUUUACCAUGGAAGGAACUCCUUUCUGCCUUCUUCGGCUCUAGCCAGCUGAUGCAGGACUAAGUACUGCUGGCUGCCGCUGUAACAGGGUCAGUUGGAAUAAUUUUGAAACAGAUGUGCCACUAUCCAUUUCUUUCGGUUCUGGGCAGAUCCUUCAACUUUUGUCAGAAUUUGGGUACAUCACCAAACUCAUCGAUCGGGAUCCCUUCUGCUCGGAAUUUCUUAGCCUUUUGUCUCUUGAAUUUAUCACCACGGAUUGUUUCUUCUAGUUUACAUACAAAAUCUGGCCUGGAAGAACCAUCGGUGGUUCCUAUUUUUAUACCUGCAGAGGGGACUCUUCAUCAUGUUCAUCGUAAUUGUUUCCGUACUUCAGCCACAAAUUUCUCGAUCAGGACCUUUUCUUGCUUCUCUUCUUCACAGAGUCUAGACACUUCAAGUGAUGCGGAUGCAGUAAGCGAGCACUUGGCUUCCAUUCCUGAGAAGGUGUAUGAAGUCAUCAUGUCCUGCUCUGGUACCGAUCAGCUUCUGGAGAGCAUUCUUGAUUCGCUUGGCAUACAACUGACCACCGAGUUGGUGAAUGAUGUCAUCCGAAGGCUUCGCUAUGAGGAAAAAUUAGCUUUCAGGUUCUUCACAUGGGCGGGCCAUCAAGAAGGGUAUACCCACGAGCCUCCCGUGUAUAACGAUAUGAUCGAUAUAUUGUCAAGCACGAGAUACAAGGCACGGCAAUUUGGGGUGGUUUGCGAUAUUCUGGAUUACAUGAAGAGAAGGAACAGGAACACGGUGCCCAGUGAUGCUCUCCUAGCAAUCUUGAGAACAUACACUGACAAGCAUCUGUCCCAUCUCAGAAUAUUUGCCAAGAAGAAAAGAAUACGACAAAAGACACCACCAGAAAUAGAUGCAUUUAACUUGCUACUGGAUUCUCUCUGCAAGUGUAGCUUGGUCAGGGAGGCAGAACUUAUGUUCCACCGGGUGAAGAAUAAGGUUGUCCCGAAUGCGGAGACUUACAAUAUUUUGUUUUUUGGGUGGUGCAGACUGAGAGACCCUAAAAAAGCAAUGAAGGUGCUUGAGGAAAUGAUGCAAAUGGGUCACACCCCGGAGAAUUUCACAUACAAUGCUGCAAUCGAUUCCUUCUGCAGUGCAGGGAUGGUUUCAGAAGCUAGAGAGCUUUUUGAGUUCAUGAGAACUAAAGGCUCCACCAUAUCUUCACCAACUGCCAGGACUUAUAGUAUCAUGAUCGUGGCCCUGGCGAAGUCAGAUCUGAUGGAGGAGUGCUUUAGACUGCUAGCUGAUAUGAGAAGUAGUGGUUGCCUUCCUGAUGUAUCGACAUAUAAAGACAUGGUUGAAGGGAUGUGUUUGGCUGGAAAGGUUGAUGCUGCCUAUAAGAUACUGGAAGAGAUGAGCAGGACAGGUUUUCCACCUGAUAUCCUCACAUAUAACUGCUUUCUCAAGGUGCUUUGCAAACUUAGGAAGGCUGAAGAAGCUCUAGUGCUUUGUGAAAGAAUGAUAGAAUCAGGUUGUGAGCCUAGUGUCCAUACUUAUAACAUGUUGAUUACAAUGUUUUUUGAGAUGUGUGAACCAGAUAGGGCUCUUAGCAUGUGGGAUGAGAUGGAUCGAAGAGGAUGUGCACGUGUCGUGGAUACUUAUGGUAUAAUGAUUGACGGGUUGUUCAAUUGCGGGAGAACAGAUGAUGCAUGUUUACUUCUGGAAGAGGUAAUAAACCAUGGGAUGAAAUUGCCAUAUCAGAAAUUUGAUGCCAUUCUGAUGCAGCUAUCAGCAAUUGGAAAUCUUCAUGCCAUCCAUCGUCUAUCAGAGCAUAUGAGGAGGUUCUACAAUGUUGCGAUGGCCAGACGUUUUGCCAUAAGCCAGAAGAAGAAGAGCAUGAGCUUGAGGAGAAGAUAGGCUUUCAGAUUUCCAGUACCAUCACCCAAGGUUUUAUACUGAAGCCAAGUCAAAGCUACCUUCAGUUUGGUACUCAUCAGCUCCACCAAUUUGUUUGUCAAGUAGUGCUCACUGAUUACCAAUGGCUCGCGAUAUCUUGAUGCAACAAGCUUCUCUGCAAGAUUUGGGGAGUCAUGUCUGAAGAUAUCUCUUUAUAACUCAAAUAGAUCUGCUGGCUGUUUAGCAUUUUGUCUACGGGAUGAACCUCAAAUAGUAUAGCUUACAUUGCUUAGCAUCUGAUGUGCCGAUUGCUUUUCUGAAACCAUGGCAUCAACCGACAUCAACUUGCAACACUUAAGCUUUGCUGUAAUUUUGCAUGCCUAAUUUUAACCUUAACUGUAGCAAUAUGACAUUUAUACUAUAGUCUAAAUUAUAUAAGAUUGGCAUACCAAUAUUCAAUUUUUUUUAUUACAUUGUCAGCAUUGAUGUGUUUUAUAUCAACUUGUGGGUUUUGACGGACAACUGACUAGACCAUCAUGCUGAAGUAGGUUUCCAAUCUGGACUGAAUAUAUUUUAAGAAUGUAAGUUGAUUUCUGCUAUGCUUUUGAAACAAGAUCAAUCUUUCUAGUAUUCUCAACUUCACUGAAGGAAGUUGCCAAGAGAUCACAGUUGCAAGGUUUGUUUCUGAAGCUGUAGAAAGAGGUUUGGUACGGGCUGAAGCAGAAGCUGCCACUGAGGCAGUCAUUCAUUCAAAAGACCAUGAAUUUUUCAGCUGAGAGAUCGACUGCAGUACUAUGAAGCUGUGAACCGUGAAAUGUCCCAGAGGAAUCAGGAAAUUGUAAGUAAGGUUGCUUCUUCAAGUCUUCUUCCUCUUAUUUAUCAUGAGGCAAUUGAUCUUGUUAUUUAAUAAUGAGUGUUGGUGUGGAGUAGUUUAUGUUUUACUUCAUUGUUUUGGAUGAUAUUAUGAUGAUCAUAUGUACAACAGGUUAUGCAUAAAAUGAAUUUAUAUCUUUCCCUGUU